UAAACUUUGAAAUCAUAGUUUUUUAUUACUUUGAUUAUUUGUAGCAAUAAAUUUAAAACAGUCUGUAGCAUGUUCACUUCCCUUUUUUUACAUUAGACAAUAUUUGAUAAGUUAUAUGACAAAUAUAAAGUUUUUGCCACAUAAAUAUUUCAUUUUUCGUUUGAUCGCGUAUUUUCAUUUAAUGUAGCAUGUGUCCAUUGAUGUUGUAUUUAACGCCAUGUGAAUAUUUAGUGCACACAUAUAAAUUGCUAACAAAUCUAUAAAUUUCGGAAAGUACUAAAACCGCGUUAAAAUUCCAUAAAAAAUGAAACAAAGGGACUGCGUAUAUAUUCACUUUAUUUUGCUAGCCCUUAUGCUACUUGAAACUCAAGGAGUGAAUGGGAUUGAAAAGAACGAUGACUGUUUACUGGAGAAUUCAAAUGUCGUAUGUGAAAAUGGAAUACCUUUCGUCGUACCUAGUAAAAUAUCAGGCAUUGUUAUCAGGGACUUCUUAAAUGAAACUAUCGAUAAUAAAACGUUUGCACAUGACAGUUGGUCUUAUGUAGAUUUCCUAGAUAUAACAGUUACCCACAGAGUACGGUUCCGUCUGUAUGACUAUAAUUUUUUCUCACUAAAGAGUUUAAGAAGUCUUGGGAUACACGCUCCAUCUUACAAGUUCAACAACGUGGCAAAGGUUUUUGAUGGACUAUCAAUGUUACACACAUUAAACUUAUCGUUAUGUCAUUAUCUCGAUGCAUCAGCUAUUCUAAAAUUACUCUCCCCAAUUAAUCACCUGGAUACUAUGCUUCUAGAUCAAUUUGCCACAUCUGGUGUUCGGUUUUUCAAAAUUGAUAAUGCAUUUAUAAAAAAAGUCCAUGAAAAGAAAAUACACAAGCUUAGCUUGAGUGGAUGCAAUUUAUUAAUUAAGGGUCCGUUGCAUGUUAAUAAUAUGUCCUUGGCUUUAUAUGAUAUAGAUAUGUCAAAUACGUCGUUUGUUAAACAGGUUAAUAUGUUAAUCGAUGACACUGCCCUAGACAUGUUAUUGCCGAAAAUUAAGGUUUUAGAUUUGUCUCUACUACAGAUAAGAUUUAUGAGUGUAGAUUAUGAUUUCCAAAAUAAUUACAGUUAUGACAAUAAGUGUACCGACACGAACAGUGUAAUAAAAUUGCUAUUGAGGGUAGAAAAUCUUAUGCUGAACAGUGUACUAGCCAAGCCAUUGAGAGCGAACAAUUCAUUUAUUGAUUUAUCACAAUGCAAUGUCAAUUUGCGGUCAUUACAUUUAAGGUCAAAUCACUUAAAUUAUCUAAAUGCAUCAAUCCUAUGGCCCGAGGAUAUGUCUUUAUCUGCUAUUGACAUGUCUUCAAAUGACAUUGAAUAUUUAUCUCCCUCGCUUUUAAAUUCUCUUACAUCACUUGAAGUAUUAAAUCUUUCUAACAACAAAUUGCACCAUAUGCAAUUUUCUUUAGAGUUCAGUCAUUUGCUUAUUAACCAUACAAUUUUACGACGAUUGGUUCUUUCUAGAAACCGUCUAAGAUUUCUACCUUUCGCGUUUUUAACCUACAACACCAACUUAGUUAUGUUAGAUUUGUCAUAUAACAAAUUACCUUCUAUCAGUUUCGAAUUAAAUCAUUUGAUGAAAUUGCAGUUUUUGAACUUGAGAAACAAUGACAUAUAUUAUAUUGAUGGCGGUGAAUUGAACUCAUUAAAGGCAUUUGUAUCAGAUUUCUCUACGCAUCGAACAAUAUAUCUUGAGAAUAAUCCGUUCAUUUGUAAUUGUAAAACAUCAAGUUUUAUUAAAUGGUUACUCGUUUACACGACAAAUACUAAUACUCAAAUUUUGACAUGUUCUUUUAAUGAUAAAGAUGACGUCACUAUUGAUGACGCUGUUAUUAAAAGAGGCGGAGUUUUCUUGCAUUCGUUCAAAGGUAAUUAUUGGUUCAGUUUUAUCAAUCGUAUCUAUAACAUCUUUGGUUUCCUUAGCAAUGUGCUUCAUGAUAUACAGGAGGAGGAAACAGGAAAGGAUCAGAAAAAAGGGAUAUUUUAUAAAACAUUUCAAACUUGGUAAUAUCCCGGAAAAGUAUUUGUGUUUUGUUUCUUAUUCUAGCGAAGAUUAUAAAGCAGACAUUCGACAGGUUACAGCUCGGACAAAAGAAUCAUUGCAAGAAUUGAUUCAGACAAGUAAAGAAGUUCUUUGUGUGAUCGAUGAACAUGUUAACCUUGGAUUUCCAAUCGUUGAUGAAAUAAUGCGGUGCAUUAAUGAAAGUUGUGUUGGACUUUUUUUUGUUACUACGAAUUUUUGUCAAAGCCAGUGGUGUGAAAUGGAACUUCGAGAAACCUACGAGUUAAACAAACCUAUUAUACUUAUUUUCAAAGAAGAAAUUGACACAAGGAUUAUGUCUCCAUUAAUGUUAAAAAUCUUCCAACAGUUUACGAGAGGUAAACUGGUUGUUACAGAGCAUGGUGACAUACAAAUGAUACCAGACAUUAAAGAAUUAUCGAAUUCUAUUCUAAAACUGGCAUCUUUGCGAUAUAGUGGAAACAGUGAAGUAAAUAAGACUUCGUUUUAGUAUAAUUUCACUUGAUUGUAACGUUUGUCACAUGUGUAGCCACUAAAAGUAAUUUCAUUGUAACAUACUUUGACGUUGUCAAACAUUAAAAACGGCUAUUACAGACAAUCACCCAUAGCAAAAGGAUUGAACAUAUGUCUUCAUUGAAGACCGCUCUUUUUUUGUUAAUCUUUGUUAACAUAAUUUCAGUCUGAACAAUUUAUCAAAUAUAUCUGACAAGCAGUGUUUAUUUUUGAAUAAAGUGAUCAUCCAAGAACAUGAACUUUUUAUUAAUAAUAUAAUAAGUUAAUUUACACAUUUUAGCGGGAAUGAAGUGGCAUGUAAAACUAAAAGAUACAGUAUUUUUCAAUUCCUUUGGGUUAUAGGCGGAUUAAACAAUAAAAUUAACUGACCGUUCUUAAACAUAAAGUUCUAACUUUAAUGAUGUGGGUACUGUACAAGAAAAUAAAAUAAAAACAGCCUUGCGCAGCUUAGUGUAAGAUCAAUCGUUGCGCAGCUUAAUCUGAGAUCAGUUGUUAUAAACAUAUAGAUGCAUUUUAGGAUACCUGGAAGAAAUUUAUAAUGUAAUCUUGAGUUAUGAGAAGCAGAGAAAAAAUAUUAAUAUCAAGUUUUCAUUAUCAUAUACAAGGAUUAUAUGAAAAAUUAAAAUGAAAUUCAUCAUUACAUUUAAAAUUGAAGGACUAACAAAAUAUGUUUUUGACCAGGAUGUGAAAAUACUUUCAUUCGUCUUGGAUGAACAAUUCGUAUUUGUUAUUAAAGUUUACCAAACAUCACCAUGAAGGAAAUAAAACUGGCGGAAUAAGCGGGGGAAUAUAUGAAUAUGAAUCAUUUAAUAAAUUCCUUAUAAAAAUAACUUGUGAAUAGAAAAAUCUUUUUUUUAUAAUGACUGUCAAUUUUCAUCGGAAAUACUGUUUUUUUUACAUUUAAGUAGACGAAAAUAUUGCUUUAUACUUAUACACAAGGUUAGCUUUUAAAAAAGCUAGUAGCGAC